AUGGAAAACUUUAUUAUCUCCCCUGGUAAGCCUUCUUCCUGUCAAUGUCGUUCAUCCAAUAUGGAUUCUACGGACGGUGGAUGCCGAGGGUUACCCAAAUUACAAGAAUUAUUUCGCCGUCAAAGGCGUGACUCAGAGACUCUGAAUGAAUCUCCUGACCUGGAAUUCUCUUAUGGAGAUGCUGAUUUUUAUGACAAUGAAAUUGCAGAAUUAUACUGUUACACUGAAGAACCAGAAUUUCAUCAGAAUCUCAAAAGUUUUGAAGAGAUUUUUGCAUCAGAAGGCUAUAAACAAUGGACAACUGCGACUGAUACUCAGCAACGUAAAUUUGUGGUCUUUUUACAAAAUGAAUUGGAAGUCGCCGAUAUGGAGAGACGGAUGAGUGCAAUACAGUCAGUCUUAUAUCUUGUGCAAGGUGUGUUUGGAGAAUGUGAAACAGAAGAAAACCAACAAUACUGGUCAAAGAAAAAUGUUUAUUUGCUCUAUGACUUGGGACUUUUUACGUCAUUUGUUCAGUUACUUCACCUUGAAAUGGAAAACAAAACUGCAGUAAGUGCCGCUCUCAAGAAACAAACUUUAUCAAUUGCUGACAGCAAAGAAUUACGGCUAAUUCUGAAUGUGUUAUACACCAUGGUUGAAACAAUGAGACAUUUAGAUGACGACGAUGGUGAAGAGAAAAGUUUAAAGAAACAAUUCAGAAAUGAACUAAGUAUGACUUCUUAUAAAAGUCAUUAUUUUCUUUUUUUUUAA